CCAAUCAGAACGUGAAACGUCAUCUUUAAGCGCAGGCCCCCAGAGCCUUCCUGGCGAGGCUUGGAUCCGGUAGCUACGCCGCUUCUGGCUUCAAAGGUCCACAUUUGCUCGCGAGGAAUGCGGUAGGCGGGGCUGCCAAGGCUUGUGUCAAACUUUGGGAAUGACAGGAGUGCUGCAGGAUUCGCAAGGAAGGGGAAGUGUCGUCCUCGCCGGCUCUGUUUGGAUUACUUUGACUUGUUCUCCGGAUUCACCGCACCGCCACAGAUAGUCGGACCUCGGCGGAUUCUUCAGCCAUCAUGUCGGAGGACCUGAGUUCCCAACCCUGGUCCAUCAAUAGAGAUGAUUAUGAGCUACACGAGGUGAUCGGAAGUGGAGCGACUGCAGUGGUCCAAGCAGCCUACUGUGUACCACGCAAGGAGAAAGUGGCCAUCAAACGCAUCAACCUAGAGAAGUGCCAGACGAGUAUGGAUGAACUCCUGAAAGAAAUUCAGGCCAUGAGCCAGUGCCACCACCCCAAUAUUGUGUCUUACUACACAUCCUUUGUCGUAAAGGAUGAGCUGUGGCUGGUUAUGAAGUUGCUCGGCGGUGGCUCAGUGCUGGACGUGAUCAAACAUAUCAUCUCACGGGGCGAACACAAGACAGGCGUCCUGGACGAGGCCAGCAUAGCCACCGUGUUGAGAGACGUCCUCGAGGGCUUGGAGUACCUACACAAGAACGGACAGAUCCACAGAGACCUUAAGGCUGGAAACAUUCUGCUUGGAGACGAUGGAUCAGUGCAGAUUGCAGAUUUUGGCGUCAGUGCCUUUCUAGCCACAGGUGGUGACAUGACCCGAAACAAAGUGCGUAAAACGUUUGUGGGGACGCCAUGCUGGAUGGCCCCAGAGGUCAUGGAGCAGGUGAGGGGCUAUGAUUUCAAAGCUGAUAUUUGGAGUUUUGGGAUUACAGCAAUUGAGCUUGCCACAGGAGCUGCACCUUAUCACAAAUACCCACCAAUGAAGGUCUUGAUGCUGACGCUGCAGAAUGACCCACCAACUCUUGAGACCGGCAUCACAGACAAGGAGACGGUAAAGAAAUACGGCAAAUCUUUCCGGAAGAUGAUCUCCUUGUGUUUACAAAAGGAUCCAGAGAAAAGGCCAACGUCAUUAGAGUUGUUGAAGCAUAAAUUCUUUCAGAAAGCAAAGAAUCACGAGUACUUACUGGAGAAGUUAAUACAUCGGGCACCCACAAUAACAGAGAGGUCGAAAAAGGUACGUCGUGUGCCCGGCUCCAGUGGACGUUUGCAUAAGACAGAGGAUGGCGAGUGGGAAUGGAGCGAUGAUGAACUUGAUGAAGAAAGUGAAGAAGGCAAAGCAGCCGUUGCAGCUUUAAGAUCGCCAAGAGUGAAGGAAGGGCCACAGAAUUCAGAGAUGUUUCAGACUCCCGAGCCCUUAAGUAGUCACCUCCAGCCUCCAGCCGCAGGUCAACCUCCACUGCAGCCGACGCAAGUCAACCCCCAACCAACGGCCCUGACUGAGCCCCCACCACUCAGUGUUCCUGCUCAGAUCCCAACAGCUUCAGGCGACGUCCAAUCUCCGAUUAGUUUGGUAUUAAGGCUAAGAAAUUCAAAAAAGGAGCUAAAUGAUAUCCGCUUUGAAUUUAUGCCAGGAAGGGACACAGCAGAUGGUGUGUCUCAGGAGCUGGUGUCAGCAGGUCUGGUGGAUGGGAAGGACCUGGUAAUAGUUGCUGCAAAUUUGCAGAAAAUAGUUGAUGAGCCUCAACCCAGUAAAAAUGUCACUUUCAAACUGGCUUCUGGAAUCGACGGAUCUGAACUUCCGGAUGACGUCAAGUUGAUGGGCUUUGCUCAGCUCACCAUUUGUUAAAAAAAAAUUUGUCCUACUUGGGACUGUGACUCGCCUAAAAAAUGUGAAAAUUAAAAAAAAAAAUAGUUUAAUGCAUUUUUUUCUUUCUUUCAAUGGCUGUAAAGAAACCACUACUGCCAAAGAAAAUAGUACCAUGUUGCUACCCAUAGGAUUAUCUGAUACCACCUUGUUGGAUUUGGCGAUGAGCUGAAGUGUCAGAACGUACGGUGGGAAAAAAAGUUUACAGUGUAAAAAUGUAGAAAGAUGCAACAACCGCUUUAUUUCACCAGUUUGAGUUCCCUGAUUCUCUUUAAUAUGUGACGCAUUUGCACAAUCUGAACUAACAGCCCUGCACCCUGAUUAUAAACAGUAACAAUGCCUUAUGUUCAUAAGAACUACUGAAUGCACGUUUUUCACAACGUCUGCUGUUUCCAUGUUGUCUGAAAUGCACAAACGUGACUUCAGGUGCUAAUGCCAAACCUUGUUCUUUAAUUUCCUUUUAUUUUAAGAGUGCCGAUUGGAUAAAAAUUCAGAGUGAUACCUUUUUUUCCCCCCAGA